GUCCAUACAAACUGCAAGACCAUUGCCGGACGUGAGUCACAUGGCACGGUGGGACAGCGGCGCCAUUCCACAAGUCAGUUGUCCGUCGAGCAUGUCCUUCGUGCGCCGCCGCCUCGACGACGGCAUGUCAAGCGCGACGCUCAACACGAUCCUCGGCGUUGUCGCCGGCGUCAUCUUGCUCCUGAUCAUCGGCUACUUUGUCUGGCACCGGCGGACGCGCGAGGCGCGGCGCGAAGCGCGCUACUAUGGCGCCCAGCCGACGCAGCCCGCGCCGGCCUUUCGCAUCCGCGGCGAGCCGGCCACCAAUGGCGAGAACGACGACGAUGACCAGCGCACGUUUAACUUUCACCAGCCGCAGCCGCAGCCGACAACGGCCCCGGGCUAUGUGCUCGACGCCGAGGACGCGCCCGACUUCAAGCGCGUCGCGACCAAGAAGGCGGCCGGCGCGCCGCCCUUCAAGAUGGACCAGGACAUGCUCGCCAUGAAGGUCGACUUUCACGCGAUCCAAUAUACGCGCAAGCUCACAAAAGGCGCGUUCGGCGAGGUCUGGCUCGGCCAGUUUAAGGGCCGGUACGUCGCGAUCAAGCAGAUUCUCGAAGAGCGCAAGGCCGACAAGAAGGAGAUCGAGUGCUUCGUGGCCGAGAUCAAGCUCAUGCUGCACCUCCAGCACCCGAACGUGCUAGACUUUCUCGGGUUUUCGUGGAACCCGCGGGAUGGCAACCUCUGCUUCCUCACCGAGUACAUGAAGAACGGCGACCUCUUUUACCAUUUGCAAAAACGCAAGGCGACGCUCACAUGGCCCAUCGAGAAGAUCAAGAUCGCGCUCGACAUUGCCCAAGGCCUCGUGUACCUCCACUCGCUCACGCCCAAGAUCAUCCACCGCGACCUCAAAUCCAAGAACGUGCUCCUCGACGAGAACUGCACGGCCAAGAUCAACGACUUUGGCAUCUCGCGCGUCCGCCAAUUUGAAGAGACGAUGACCGCCGGCGUCGGCACGGCGCUCUGGGCGGCCCCCGAAGUCUUUAUGGGCAAAAAGUACAACGACCGCGCCGACAAUGGCAAGCUCGAUGGCAUGGCCGUCAUCAAGCUCGUGACGCAGAAGCGGGCGAAGCCCACGUUCAGCCACGACUGCCCGCCUGCCGUGCUCGACCUUGCGAUGCGGUGCUUGGACUACGAGCCGGAGCGGCGUCCGAGCGCGUUCGAAGUCGUCCAGCUCAUCGUCGACGUUGUGCAGCCCGCCCUUCGCGCCUCGUCGUCGUAGCUCGGUCGUAUUAAUCAUCUAGUAUUACAUAAUCCCCACGAGAUGUUGGAGCUUUUCGUCUACUGGAUUUAGUACAAGAGAAAUGAGAGAUGCAUCAAGGAGAUCGAGGUAUUAGUCGAUCUUGGCCGUG